AUGCCUGACUCGCCUUAUACCCUCGCUUAUCCUGGCUCCCUUGUCGACUUCCUACGCCAAGAAGAUAGUGUGAAGAAAUUUGGCAAAACGUCUAUAGAAUUGAAUUCCGUUCUGAAGUCUAUUAAUGAUCGUGAGCUACGAGAUGAUCCGGAAAUUGAACAACGUCUUCGUGCUGAGAACGAACAUUGCAAAAUGUCUGGUGCCAUCGGAUUGGAUCGGUCCAACUUCAAAACGUCGUACUCUGCCGAACUUUGCCCAGACUUCCACAAGUACUACGAAAGGUACACCGCGUUUGUCAAAGAGUACUUUGAUAUGACGCCAGAUGAUGAGAAACUGUUACCACGCUGUCGUCAAUGGCAUCAAGAGGGUCAAUUACGAGGAUUAUCAAAGCUUGAAAACGAGUCGAAAAUGAACAUUCGGAUACCAGAUUCUGACUAUGCGGAAAUUCUUAAAGGAUACUUCCCACAUAUACAGAAAAUUGCUUCAUUGUCAACGCCAGAAUAUGGUGCAGCUAUUGCAGCCUUGCUUUCGAAUAAACUUGAUACAGUCAACGCUCAUCCCUACCUCCACCUAGCAGCAGCAGCGUACUGGAGACAGAAUGGUGAUUUGGGCGAGGCACUUAGUUGUUACAGAACAGCUGUCGUAUAUGCAGAAAAAGCUGUAUUGAGUGGCGAGGAAAGUGCUCAAGUAAGCCUUGAUGCUAUUCAUAUUGCAGCUGCAACUUUGUUCAAUAAAGCAGAUCUUCCAGGUUCUGCCAUGGCCAUAUUAGAGCACUCAUUCGCGGAAGAUGAUGCAACUACUCGAUCACCCUGUGUCUUUCUCAAAGCUCAAGCUGCAUUGGCUGAUGCAGCGUAUCUUAAAUUAGAUGCCUCCAAGGCUCAAGGUAUUGAAGUGGAGCAGGAAAAUCUCGACCAUCUAGUCUCAGAAAAAUUGCGCUUCAACGACAUUUAUGGAGAUCAGGUGAACAUUUUCAAUAAUUAG